AUGGCAAAAAACAAACGCGCGCUUAAUUUGCCGCACCCUGUACUUGUACAUGCUUAUAUGGUACAGGUAUUUGUCAAAGUAAUUGUUCUCGUAAUUUCACUUGGAUUAUUUCAUGGACUUGUUGUCCUUCCAAUUGUUUACGCUGCAAUUCCUUUUAAAAAAUCCAAAAAAUGUCAGAUUGCGAAUUCUUCUUAUUUAUCUUCAGUGACAAAAAAUAAUAGUGAAAGAAAAAUAUUGUCAACAAAUACUAGUAGAACAGGUAAUCGAAAAAUGAAGAAAAAUAUUUAG